AUGCCAGAGUCCGUCGACAGCCCUGCUAGCGGCCCGCAGAAGGUCCACAUCAACCCUCGCCUGUUCAAUGAGAGUGCAGGGAUUGUGAGCGGCAGCGCUUUACCGGCUGCUCACAGUACGGCCACCCGUCCACCAAGAAGUCAAUCAUUCCCUUAUUACGAAAGGACGCCCUUCCAACCGCCCAUCACUUUCCCCUUAGCUUCCCCUCUCUCGUCCACCCAUCACUCCCAUCGUCAGCCACGUUACCAUCGCCACCAAGUCCACAAGGGCUUCUCAACCACCCAAGACACUGUUGCCUUUAUCUCCCGUCUAUACUUGACCUUCAACCGGCAGCCUGGCACCGUUGACAUCCCUUAUUACCAAUGA